AUGUUAUCGAGGAUACAGUAUAUUCUUGAAAAAGCGAUACUUCGGUUUUGUCCUGCACGCCGACCAAAAAUUUUACUUUCAACAUAUACUGAAUGCAAUGUACAUUCAUUAUGUAAUACAGCUACUGUUGAUUUUGAAUUACCUGGUAAACAAAAAUUAGGAACAGGCGAAUUAAAUAUACCAUGGUUUAAAUUUAAUAUUAAUCGAAUGCUUCUUGAAGCAAAUCGAACGAUGCGUGUCAUUGAUGCACGUUUCGUACACGAUGCAUUCGAACCUAAACUAGCUGCUCUACACCGAACAUAUCUAUAUCGGUUUAGUACUAGUUCAACAAUAACAGUAAUGGAACAACCGUUAACUACUUAUUUAUCAUCACCAGUUUCAUUGCCUCUUCUACGUUCAGCAAUAUCGCUUAUUCAUAAUCGUUCACUUGAUUAUUCAUCCUUUACAACAGCAGAAGCUCGUGCUCUAAUAAAAGAUACUAAUCGUAUUGUAGGAAUUACAUUAUCUGAAGCUGGAAGUUUAUUUUCAAGUUUACAAUCAAAGCCUUCACUUAGUUUUUGUCUUCAAUUAACUUGCACGAAUUUUCUUUAUCAAAUGGUACGACGGUUAACAGCAGAUCUUAUUCAAGUUGCACAAGGCAAAUUAACACUUGAACAAUUCGAACAAAAAUUAUCUUCGCCGUCGAAUAAUAAUCAAGAUAAACUUCUAGAUAUCAAUGGACUUUAUCUACAAAAUGUAAUGUACGAUGAACAAGAUUUUGAACGUUAUGUGACUUAUACGACGUUAACAACAAAGAAAAAUGCGAUGUACCCGUUAGCUCCGGUACUAACCGGAGAAGAAUAA